GGCCGGCGACAUUAGCUAGCGCUCGCUCUACUCUCUCUAACGGGGAAACAGCGGACUACAAGAGACUGAGCUGUAUCUGCCUGUAUUUCCAACAGACUCACGUUCAACUUUCGCUCACACACACACACACAAAAAGAAGCCGGGAAAAUUUUAUUAACCCUUUUUUAAAAAAGUUAAUAUAAAAUUAUAGCAAAAAAGGAACCUGAACUUUAGUAACACAGCUGGAACAAUCCGCAGCGGCGGCGGCGGCGGCGGCGGCGGGAGAAGAGAUUUAAUUUAGUUGAUUUUCUGUGGUUGUUGGUUGUUCGCUAGUCUCACGGUGAUGGAAGCUGCACAUUUUUUCGAAGGGACCGAGAAGCUGCUGGAGGUUUGGUUCUCCAGGCAGCAACCCGACGCAAACCAAGGAUCUGGGGAUCUUCGCACCAUCCCAAGAUCCGAGUGGGACAUACUUUUGAAGGAUGUGCAAUGUUCAAUCAUAAGUGUGACAAAAACUGACAAGCAGGAAGCUUAUGUACUCAGUGAGAGUAGCAUGUUUGUCUCCAAGAGACGUUUCAUUUUGAAGACAUGUGGUACCACCCUCUUGCUGAAAGCACUGGUUCCCCUGUUGAAACUUGCUAGGGAUUACAGUGGGUUUGACUCAAUUCAAAGCUUCUUUUAUUCUCGUAAGAAUUUCAUGAAGCCUUCUCACCAAGGGUACCCACACCGGAAUUUCCAGGAAGAAAUAGAGUUUCUUAAUGCAAUUUUCCCAAAUGGAGCAGCAUAUUGUAUGGGACGCAUGAAUUCUGAUUGUUGGUACUUGUAUACUUUGGAUUUCCCAGAGAGUCGGGUAAUCAAUCAGCCAGAUCAAACCCUGGAAAUUCUGAUGAGUGAGCUUGACCCAGCAGUUAUGGACCAGUUCUACAUGAAAGAUGGUGUUACUGCAAAGGAUGUCACUCGUGAGAGUGGAAUUCGUGACCUGAUACCAGGUUCUGUCAUUGAUGCCACACUGUUCAAUCCUUGUGGGUAUUCAAUGAAUGGAAUGAAAUCGGAUGGAACUUAUUGGACUAUUCACAUCACUCCAGAACCAGAAUUUUCUUAUGUUAGCUUUGAAACAAACUUAAGUCAGACCUCCUAUGAUGACCUGAUCAGGAAAGUUGUGGAAGUCUUCAAGCCAGGAAAAUUUGUGACCACCCUGUUUGUAAAUCAGAGUUCUAAAUGUCGCACAGUGCUUUCUUCACCCCAGAAGAUUGAAGGUUUUAAACGUCUUGAUUGCCAGAGCGCUAUGUUCAAUGAUUACAAUUUUGUUUUUACCAGUUUUGCUAAGAAGCAGCAACAACAGCAGAGUUGAUUAAGAAAAAUGAAGAAAAAACGGAAAAAGAGAACACACAUAGAAGAAGGUGGUGGCUGCUUUUUAGAUAUUGAUACCAAGGGCCAUGCUUUCCAUAACCACCACCUUGUAGUUGCAGAAAGCCCUAGAUGUAAUGAUAGUGUAAUCAUUUUGAAUUGUAUGCAUUAUUAUAUCAAGGAGUUAGAUAUCUUGCAUGAAUGCUCUCUUCUGUGUUUAGGUAUCCUAUGCCACUCUUGCUGUGAAAUUGAAGUGCAUGUAGAAAAAACCUUUUACUGUAUGAAACUUUACAACACUUGUGAAAACAACUCAAUUCGGUUUAUGCACAGUGUAAUAUUUCUCCAGGUAUCAUCCAAAAUUCCCCACAGACAAGGCUUUCGUCCUCAUUAGGUGUUGGCCUCAGCCUAGCCAUCUGGGACUGUUCUAUUAAAUUGCUACCAGGAUUUUGCAUCCAGUUACCUCCACUUUCUAGAACAUAUUCUCUCCUAAUGUUAUUGAAACCAAUUUCUACUUCAUACAGAUGUUUUUGCAGCACCAAUCAAAGUUCUUCUUCCACGAGUCGAGUCCUCUACGAAAAUGACUGCAGUUAUCCAUUUUGUGUAUUACUAUCUCACUGCUUCCUAUACUAGUGUGACUUUGAUUCAUUCCUCACCAUGGUGUCUCCCUCCCAACCACACCCCCUCCAUAAAGCAAUACACUGUUACACUGUGGGUUUACACUAACCUUAUUACCCCAGAGGGGGAACGGGGGUGGGGGUGGACUCUGGGCUUAAUUUUCUUUUAAGGUCAAGGGAUUUUGGCAUUUUUCGUUACCAUGAGCUCUUUUGGAAUAAGCUGGUGUUGAUUAGCGAAGAAGGUGUAGAUUGAUACUAGGGAAUAUUGGCAGAACUGUAUGGAAACUGUAUGCCAUUCUGUGCCCCCCAUUAAAUGAGAUUAGCUUCUCAUGGGUACCAUGUCUUUAUUAACUUGCUAAGUAGUAAUAUAAAAAAAUAAUCACUAAGUUUGUUAGCAAGGAGAUUUAAGAUAAAGGUUGUGUUGGAUUCAACAAGUUAAGUCAGCUCAGAUGAUUCACCUCAACUUUUACUUUCAUAGCCAUUUCCACUAAUUUCUAUUAAUGAUAUGCCAUAAACUUUCGUUCAAAGCAGAAUCGAUGUCUUUGCCAUCUUUGUGACUUAAAAAGUUCUGUGACUUUGUGAUGCAUGUGAUAGUGUUCUGACGGUUCCUCUCACUGGUAUUUUCUUUCUCCACAUGGAGUAACAUCAAGUGAUGAACAAGGACUGUUCAGGUUAUUCAGACAUACUACAUAGUGAAGCAGAGUGCUAUCCAUAAAACAUAACAUACAAAAUUCCAAAAUGGUCAAUGGGAAAUGACUAGAAAUACAGGCUUAAAAGAGUUGGCAUCUUUUCGCUGUAUUUGCUAAUACGGACAUUUAUUUAAGCAGCUGAGAAAACAGCAAAGUUGACUCAAUUUUGUAUUUUUUCUUGUCCUCAAACAAUUUUUGAUUCUUUCUGGAUUGAUGCAGUGAUGUUUUUGUUCCUUCCGUAUUUAUAAAUGAAACGCUUUUUUUUAGUGUUUCUAAACAUAAAUUCUACUUGGUUUGAAAUCAAGUGGUUGGAACACUUUUGACUUUUAAACAUGUUGAUUCAGAGCUUCAUUGAAGAAGCUUUCAAUCAAUGGAUCAGUCCGAUUCUGUAAUUAGUGCACAGUACCUGAUGUUUUGGUGCUAUUAUGAGGACCAAUGCUCAAAGUGGAUUUUGUUCUUGAACAGUGUCCCAGUAGAUUUGAUGAACAUUUAUUGGCUUGAGGUCUGAUCCCUGCCCCAGCCCAAUAGAUUUAAGAUUUCUAUUUAAUGUUGAGAAACUCCACAAAUUUGUAUGGAACAAAGCCUAGAAAAAUAAAAACUAUAGAUUGAAUAGUAAUCUAAAUUAAUCCUAGUGUGUAUGAUAGAGGAGGGAAAAUUUUGGUGCCAUAAUUUCUCUCUUCAUGGUGUUGAACUUAAAUCAGUUGAAAUGUAUUUCUGUACCACAAUUUAAGCUUCAAUAAAGGUUUGCCUAAUUCAUUGUC